AUUCGUAUUUCCAAAAGCUGCCCAAAAUCUUCGCAACGACUUCGCUCCAAGCAAUAAACAAAGAUUGCCGGGUCGGAGAUUGACGAUUUUCAACCGUUGAAACAGGAUCGCCGGCUCUCCGUCACCGUCGUCGGUAACCAUCAUAAGCGGCAACCACUUCCCCGCUUUCUUGUCGGAUCUCUGAUCCUUAAGCCUUCUCUUGCUUUAUUUUUGUUUUUCUCUCUCUAGAAAUGGUUUUGGAGAGGCCAUGAAAGCAGAGUUCGAGUUGGAGGUGGAAACGUCGAUGGUCGACUGUAAGCGAGUUGCGGUGAUGACGGCGACGAAUAAUGCUGGUUGCAUGUCUAAGAGGAGGAGAAUUUCCGGUUCGCCGGAGAGAUUGCGGCCGUCGGCGUCUCGGUCUGACCUUGGAGACCGUUGUUUGUGGUUGGAGAAUGCGACGACGUCUCUGUCGCGUUUGGAGAAGAAGAAUUCCCUUGACAUUGUCGCCGGAGGUGAGAUGAGGUAUGGCUUUUCAGAGGAUCAGUUUCCGGUUUCUUGUAGCUCCAGUGACGACUGCGGGAAGGCCACCGUCGUGAAAUUCGAAGAUCUGGAGACCAAGAGCUUCGAAACCGUAGAGUCGAUUCCUGUUAACGACAUUGAAAGUUAUAAUCAUAAUUUGAAUCUCUUCAGAGAGAGCACUCCAACGAGCAAUCUCCGCGGAGAUUCAGACGAAAUGGACUCUCCGGCGACGAAUUUCUUGACUGACAAACAGAAACCACCGGAUCGUCCGAAGACGCCGCCGAUUUCUGAGAUCGAAGAUUUCUUCGCUGAGGCCGAGAAGUACGAACAGAAGCGUUUCUCGGAGAAGUACAACUUCGAUAUAGUAAUGGAUGUGCCAUUGGAAGGACGAUACCAAUGGAUUCGCCUGAAGCCAUGAAAGACCAGCUAACCUUAAGCUAAGCCUCCGCCGGGAUCUGGAUUUCUCCGAUUUCGAAAGAGACUCUGUUAAUUUCUUCUUUUGUACAGCUUUCAACUCCAUAAAAGAAGCUCCGAAACUAAAUACUUUCAGUAUACACACACACACACACACUGCACACACGCCCAUAGAAACCGCCGCCGCCGCCGCCGCCGUCCUUUGAUCAUUUCCUUUCAUGAACUCAAACCUAUGUUUUGUGUCUUUCGUCCAUAGUUGAGCACAGAUUUCUGUAAUUCUCACUUUGAAUUCACGACAAAUGUUAGCCAUGUUCAUCACAGUUCUUCCUUUUUUUUUGCCACUUUUUGAGCUUGCGUUAUGUGUAAGAAAAGUGUGCUUUGUUUGAAUGCUUAUUCUCUGUGAAGAAAAAAGGGAAACGUGUAAUCUCCUCCUUUUGCAUA